GAAUAUUUUUAUAUCCUCAAAUGUUAUUUAACAAAUAUAAGCAAUGUUAUUAAAAUUAAUAUGUUAAAACGCUAUAAUCAAACAUUAAGAUUAAUUUUUGGGAAUAGGAUUCGUCUUUUGCCUGUUAUCAAAACGAAAAAUAUAUGUACCUAUGGAUGCAAUGGAUGCAAACAACUUGACAAUACGCCAAGAAUCAAUCUCAAUGGAGAACACUGCGAACUUGAACUUCUUCCGAGGAUUCAGCAAUGGGUCAAAGAACUUUUUUUAGGUGUCGCUGGACCAGGCAGAAAACAAUUGUGUUCUUCGAGGAGGGAAAGAUAUGUACUCGGCAGUGAAGCGGAAAUUCGUGAUACUAUGUCUACGUACCGUGCACGGGACAGAGGUGGAGCGGCGUCUGUGCCUUAGCGGCGUCGCGACGUCAAUUAUAUGCUCUCGUCUGGACGCCCCCGCAUUUUCGUGGGAUGGUGCUUGCCCGACAGGCACGAAAAAGGCAUCGCCUCGCGAGGCGUCGCGACGCUCGCCGAACUAGGCGGUCGCAGCCCCUAAGCGGAUCGAGGAAUACGCUUUACCACUUUGGAAAUACCGCGCGAUGCGCUCCUGCGCUGCAUCCAAAUGCCGCUUUGAG